CUGCAACUGCAACGGAAAAUCAAAUCAAGACCUUGCCCCUUUGUAUGCAACUGCAAAUCUGCAACAACGCCCCUCUCUGGUCCAUAUCUCGUGGUUACUGAUCCCAUUAUUACUUUUCUGCUUUAAUUUUUGUGGGUGUGUGCUCGUUUUUUCUCCUGGUAAAGUAGCAGUUAGCGGAACAAACUUGUGAAAGGCUCUUACCCCUGGUUCGACGCCGAGGAGUGGAUAGCAGUAGAGGGCGGCGUGGUUGCUGCUCGACCUAACGACGGAGCUCAGUCACUUCGUCCAAAUACCGAUCUGAGAGAGAGAAACGAUAAGAGAAGAGAUUUGUAUUGAGAUGAAGAUCUGAGGGAGACGAAAGAGCUGCGCCAAUCUGAGAGAAACGAAGGAAAGAGCUCCUGAGCUGCGCCUUACUAAACCACCAAGCAGAAUAUAACCUCUUUGAUAAUGCCAAGGAAAUUUUGAGAGUUUAAUUACACAGUGACAAUGACCCUCAAACCAUCUCGAUCCACUUCUUUAACAUAAAGCUCUCUACUCGCAUGUCUCUCUACAUUGAAUAGCUUCUGACCCUUCCUUAAGAGUAGCUACCAAGAUUUCAAUCUCUUCCAUGGCUGUCCCAAAUGUCUCCUUCUCCUCUUCUUCUUCCCAUCCUUGGAAUCAUGACGUUUUUCUAAGUUUUAGAGGAGAAGAUACCCGCAAUACCUUUAUCGGUCAUUUGCAUCAUGCUCUCAUUGAAAAGGGAAUCAAAACCUUCAUAGAUGAAGUGGAUCUUCAGAAAGGAGACGAGAUCUCCGCAACACUUUUGGAAGCCAUCCAACAAUCUAAAAUUUCCAUCAUCAUCUUCUCUAAGAACUACGCCACUUCCACUUGGUGCUUAGAUGAACUCGUCAAGAUUCUCGAGUGUCGGAAAUCAUUUGGCCAAAUGGUUCGACCAAUUUUCUACGAUGUGGAUCCUUCAGAUGUGCGGAAACAAUUUGGAGAAGUGAUGGAUAUGCAUGAAAAGAAAUUCAAGGAUGAUAUGCAGAGGGUGUUCAGGUGGAAUGUGGCUCUCAAAGAGGCAGCCAAUUUGUCCGGUUGGCAUUUGAACAAUGGGCAUGAGUCCGAUUUUAUCCAGAGCAUUGUUGAAGAGAUAUCAAGUAGAAUAUUAAUGAAGUGCAUGUUUUUAGAUGUUGCAAAGAACCCGGUCGGAUUACAUUCUCACAUACAUUCCAUGCAUAAGUUGUUAAGUGUUGGGUAUGAUGAUGUUCGCAUGGUUGGAAUCCAUGGGGUUGGUGGAAUAGGUAAAACCACUGUCGCAAAAGCUGUAUAUAACUUAUUUGCUAAUCAAUUUCAAAGUUGCAGCUUUCUUGCUAAUGUUCGAGAAACUGCAAACCGAUGCGGCCUUGUUCAAUUACAAGAAACACUUCUAUCUGAGACCUUGGGCAAUACAAACUUAAAGGUUGGAAUUGAAGAUAGAGGAAUUAAUGUAAUAAAGGAGAUGCUCUGCCAUAAGAAGGUUCUUCUAGUUCUUGAUGAUGUCAAUAAGUUGAAACAACUUGAGAAAUUAGCAGGAGAUAAGAAUUGGUUUGGUCCAGGAAGUAGAAUCAUUAUUACAACUAGAGAUCAACAUGUUCUAGAUACCCAUGGGGUAGAAAGAAAAUACAAGGUCCAAGGAUUAAGUCAUGCUGAUGCUCUUCAACUUCUUAGCUGGAAUGCAUUCAAGAAAUCUUAUCCUGAAAGAGGGUAUGAAAAGCUCAUGGAUUGUGUGGUUCAAUAUGCCUCGGGCCUUCCCUUGGCCCUGGUUGUGCUGGGAUCUCUCCUAUAUCGUAGAAGCAAACUUGAAUGGGAAAGCACAAUAUGUAAAAUGCAAAGAAGUCUUGAUAAAGAUAUCUAUGAAAUACUUAAAAUCAGCUUUGAUGCACUGGAGGACAAUGAGAAGGCUAUCUUCCUUGAUAUUGCAUGUUUCUUUAAUAGAGAAGACAGAGAUUAUGUAACAAAAAUUUUGGAAGCAAGCAAUUUUGAUGCUGUUAUUGGAAUACAAGUUCUCAUUGAAAGAUCUUUGGUGAAUGUUGGAUAUUCAAACGAGUUGCAGAUGCAUGACUUGAUACAAUUGAUGGGUAGAAAUAUUGUUCAUAAAGAAUCUCCCAACGAGCCAAGAAAGCGCAGCCGAUUAUGGUCUUGUGAGGAUAUUCUCCAUGUUCUUAUGGAAAACACGGGAACUAAUGCAAUUGAAGGCAUAAAGCUAGAUUUGCUUGGGAAAAAAGAUAUUUUGCUGAAUCCCAGAGCCUUUACAAAAAUGAAAAGGCUUAGAUUGCUUAUAAUCCGCAAUGCAUGCUUCUCGGAUGGUCCUAAAAGUUUGCCUAAUGAGCUAAGAUUUCUUGAUUGGGCUGGAUACCCGUCAACAUCUCUGCCAUCCAAUUUUCAUCCUCAGAAACUUAUUACUCUCAACAUGUGUCACAGUAAAAUCAAGCAAUUCCAAGGGAUAAAGGUUUGUGAAAAUUUGAGAAAAGUAAAUUUUUCUUAUUGUGAAUACUUGACGUGCACCCCUGAUGUCUCAAUGAUGGCAAAUCUUGAGAGUUUGGAUCUUAGAGGCUGUUGCAAUUUAGUUGAGGUUCAUCAAUCUGUUGGAUUUUUAAACGAACUGUCUCUGUUGAAUGUUGAAUAUUGCUCUAAACUUAGACUUCUUCCUAACCUGAAGUUGCCACGUCUUCAACUCCUAGGACUUUCUAGUGGCACAAGUAUUGAGAAAUUUCCAAAUAUUGUGGGAGAAAUUCCUGAUUUAUCGAGUAUUUGGAUUUAUAACAGUCCCAUUCAAGAACUGCCUUCGUCUGUUGAAUAUCUCAUAGGGCUCGAAAGAAUUACAAUAAUUUUAUGCGAGAACCUUAGAGAUCUCCCCAAAAGCAUUUCUAAGUUGCCACAUCUCAAGUAUCUUAAUCUUAGUGAUUGCAAAAACUUCGGAAAGUUUCCAAAAUCGUCGUCGUCAUCAUCAUCAACAAAUUCUGGCUGGCUGGCUUCGUCAAAGUGGAACAAAACUCAAGAUAUUAGGCUCUCUGUUGGGUUUCCAGCUUUGGAAAAGCUAAUCAUCUCUAACUGUGAUCUAGCAGAAGUAGAUUUCCUCCAGAGUCUUCAUUGCCUUUCCAUCCUAAAACAUUUGGAUCUAUCAGGAAAUAAUUUCGUUAGCGUCCCUGCAUGUAUUUUUAGAUUUACCCAUUUGCAAUCUCUUAAAUUGAUAGAUUGUGAGGGGCUUCAACAAAUGAAUGCAAGUAGUGGUGGCAAAUCCUUCAUCGAUAAUUUAACGAUGAUGAUUCCUAUGUUAUAUAGAUUCUGUGAAAAAAUGAGAACUACAAUUAGAAUUAGAGGAGGAGAGUUACCAGCAUGGUUUAUCCAUAAAAGUAGAGAGAAUUAUAUGUGUUUCCGAGUGCCUCCACCUAAAAGAGCCAAGUUAGCGGGUUUGGUUAUCGGUAUUGUUUUUAAACAAGAUGAUCAUUUUGGACCGUCACACUUUUGCGCCAAUACGACCAGGGUCUGUAUCAAUGGUAUAUUCGUUGAAUACUUAGAGUACUACACCCUUGGUGGAUUAUCCGAAUCAGAAUGCAUGUGGCUGUAUUGUGUUCCACGUGAUGCCUACAACCGGUGGGAUGAGAACAAUGAAGGGGAUCACUUUGACAUUUCGUUUGAAUUUCCAUUCAAAGACCCAAUACCAGACGUGGAUAAUAAUAUAUUUGGGGUCCAUUUUGUAUUCGAGCAAAACGACAACGUGGAUGAUGAUGAUGAUCCAAGAGUGAUCCGGCAUUAUUGUUCUCUUGACAAUAGAACAAGAUUUUUUCAAAAACCAAAUACUGUUCUCUUCACAAUAGAACAAGUCUUUUCCGAAAAAAAAAAGAGGAAAAGAUAUAGUCUUGGAGAACAAUAAUUGUUGCCAAUCAGAGCAUGCAGGAGAUCAAAGAUGAAGAGAAGGCACUGAAAGCCUAGCUGUGGAGGACCCAGUAAUAUAUAUACUUGAUUCCACGUCUUUGUAAAUUUCAUACGGGUAUUGAUGCUCUGUGUCAUUCAAUAUCAUUAAAAUACUAUUAUUUUUAAUGUCUUAUGUUAGAUAAUUAAUCCUUAUAUUUAAUGCCUUUUGUACUA